UUUGAUAGGAAUGAAAUGAUAACACUAUUAUGAAAUGAAAAUUUAACUCCGUUGAAUUCAACAGUUUAAUUACAGGUAGUCCUCGUAGUCUUAUGUUACAUCGUCAAUAGAAAUUAUCCGAGAUGCAGAACGUUUUUAACAACAUAAAGGGCACUGCUUUAGGUGUGGCGGAAUAUUUAACACCAGUCUUAAAGGAAUCAAAAUUCAAAGAAACUGGAGUUCUUACUCCUGAAGAGUUUGUGGCUGCUGGUGAUCACUUGGUACAUCAUUGUCCCACUUGGCAAUGGUCAGGAGGAGAUGAAUCGAAGACUAAGCCAUACCUACCUAAAGAUAAACAGUUUUUAAUUACUCGAAAUGUGCCAUGUUCCCGAAGAUAUGAACAUAUGCAGUAUUCAGAAGAUCUAGAAAGAGUUAUAGAAUCAAAUGAUGCAGAUGAUGGAUGGGUAGAUACACAUCAUUACGAUCAGAAUUCUGGAUUAGAGGAUAAGGUUUCUGAAAUGACUCUAGAAUCUAAGCCCUCGGAAAUGACAGAUUCUGUACUUGGAAAUCUUGACAAAGAUGAUGAUGAUGAUGAUGGAAAUGAGGAUGAAGAGGCUGAAGAUAUGGAAGCAUUUGAGGAGAGUGGGAUGUUAGACGAUCAACAGGCCACAAGAGUGAUAGAGCAACCAACUGUGGUCAAAAAAGGAACACAAGAAGAAGAUGAAAUUAUUCAUACUCGUACAUAUGAUCUCCACAUCACUUAUGAUAAAUAUUACCAAACUCCGAGGCUUUGGUUAACUGGUUAUGAUGAGAAACAAAAGCCGCUUACAGUUGAGGAACUGUACCAAGAUAUAAGUUCUGAUUAUGCAAUGAAAACGGUAACCAUGGAAGUUCAUCCACAUUUAAGUGUGCCAAAAAUGGCCUCUGUACAUCCAUGCAGGCAUGCUGAUGUGAUGAAGAAUAUUAUAGCCACAGUUAUGGAGGGUGGAGGCGAAUUAGGUGUUCAUAUGUACCUCAUAAUUUUUUUGAAGUUUAUGCAAUCUGUUAUUCCAACAGUAGAAUAUGAUUUCACUCAAAAUUUUACGAUGUGAAUAAAUAAAUCACAAUAGAAUUUUCAUUGAUGAUUCAGGCUUGAUGUGGUAUAAAAUGAAAUAUUUUAUUUUUAUUUCUAAUAUAUUUGCUGUGGCAUCUAUAAUGUAUAUGUAUUUUAAAGAGGCUGAAUUUAAACGACUUUAUUGAUUUUAUAUUUAAGCUUGAAGUGUUUCUACCAAAUUGAUAUUGAAUAAAGUUUUUAGCUAUA